AUGGUUAAAGAAGUUAUAAAUUUGAUAGCAGAAGAAAAUGAAAAAAGCAAGAACAAAACAACAUGUGAUGUUGCAAAAGUUGCUGACAGGGUUAGUCAUGAGGCAAUGUGGAAAAUGCUUGAAACAUAUGGUAUAUGUGAAAGAACAGUGAAAGUUAUAAAGACAUGCCAUGACAAUUCUGGGCUUAGGGUGAUGAAAAUGGGUGGCUUGGUGAAAAAAAGUAUUCUGGAAAUACGAACUGUAGCCGUUGGAAUUGUGGCAAUCAAGGGAGUUAAAAGUGAGUUUUUCCUGGCAAUGAACAUGCAAGGGCAGUUAUUUGGGAAGAAAGUGUGCAAUGAAGACUGCAACUUUAAAGAAAUGAUUCAAGAAAAUCAUUAUAAUACAUAUGCAUCAGCAAAUUGGACACACAAUGGAACAGCAAUGUAUGUUGCUUUGAAUGCAAAAGGUGCUCCUAUAAAUGGCAAGAGGACAAAGAGAGGAAAAAAGUCAGCUCAUUUUCUUCCUUUGCCACUGUUACCAAAUACUGAUCAAAAAGCAACCAAUUCCAGCACCAGAGUUGUUUAGACUUGAAAGAAAGAACAUAUCAGAAGGUGGAAUACUACUGAAUAAGUAACAAGCUGGACUUGCACUUUUGUGUUUCCUUAAUAUUUUAAGUGUAUUACAAAACAAAGACAAUGCUUUAAAACACAUAAAGUUUAUUCUACAGAUUUAUUAAAUAAAAGUUGUAGAAAUUUGUAAUUAAGAGUUGUACAAUCAUUUUAAUAGUAACUAAAGGUACUUAAAUUAUGUAUCUUAUUCAGUAUAGUAUCGAGUGCAUUAAUUUGUAAAAGACCUGCCUUAUCUUACAUUGCUGCUAGUUUAAUAAAAAUGCAGAGAUCAAGUGUUUCAAUAGACAUUUCAGAUUUUAUACAGAGCUGAUUAUCAUUCUUUAAAGUGUCCUAAUAUGGAAAAAGCAUAAUAUGAUUAAUACUCUAACCAAUUUGCUAAUAAGCUAGAAGUAUGCUUUUAAGUCUGCUUUUUCUUUUCAUAGUGAAAAUGUGAACUGCAUAUAACACUUUCACCCAAAAAUUAUUUGAUUACAGUCCUUGACUGAAUCCAAUUGCAUCAUUCUUGGACUUAGUAAGAGCCCCCCCCC